GAAGCAUUGCUAAUGGUUUAUAGAAAGAAAAGAAAAAAAAAACCACUCAAUUAAAAUUCAAAGAAAAAUCAUAAACUUCACACACAAUAUAUAGUCCAAAACUUCUUUCAUUUCCCUUAUCCUCCUAUUUCCUUACACCUUUCUCUUGUUUUCUCUUUUUCUCCAUAACCCUUCCAAAAAUGAAGUUCCAAGAGAAAGAGCAUCUCUAUGGAAACAAUAACAAAAAACAAAUGUUACCAAAAAUAAUUUUAUUAGCAAUAUUUGUCAUAAUCAUAGUUCUUGUCACCCCUUUGUCUUAUCCUUUGUUUGGUUCAUCAUUUCUCUUGAUGAUGAGCAAGUCUAAACAACCAAACUCUUCAAAUGUUGAUUCAAUUGAGAAAGAAAAUUUACCUUCAACAUCUUUGAAAAAUUGUGACAUUUUUAGUGGUGAGUGGGUGCCAAAUCCAAAAGGACCAUAUUAUACAAACAAAACAUGUUGGGCAAUUCAUGAGCAUCAAAAUUGCAUGAAAUAUGGUAGGCCAGAUUCUGAGUUUAUGAAGUGGAGAUGGAAGCCAAAUGAGUGUGAACUACCAAUUUUCAAUCCUUUUCAAUUUCUUGAAAUUGUUAGAGGAAAAUCUAUGGCUUUUGUUGGAGAUUCUGUUGGUAGAAAUCACAUGCAGUCAUUGAUUUGUCUUCUAUCAAGGGUGGAAUGGCCUAUAGAUGUAUCAUACACAAAAGAUGACUAUUUCAUGAGAUGGAAAUACCCAAGUUACAAUUUCACCAUGGCUGCUUAUUGGACCCCCUUUCUUGUCAAAGCUCAAAGAGAAAAUUCAGAUGGUCCAACCCACACUGGUCUCUACAAUCUUUACCUAGAUGAAUUUGAUGAAAAAUGGACAUCACAAAUUGAAGAUUUUGACUAUGUCAUAAUCAAUGGAGGACAUUGGUUCUACAAGCCAAUGGUAUUCUAUGAGAAAGGAAAAAUUGUUGGAUGUCAUUAUUGUCUCUUAGAAAAUGUCACUGAUUUAACAAUGUAUUAUGGCUAUAGAAAAGCUUUUAGGACUGCAUUUAGAGCCUUAAAUAGCUUAGAAAAUUUUAAGGGUGUGACAUUUCUUAGGACAUUUGCACCAUCACAUUUUGAGAAUGGUAUAUGGAACCAAGGUGGGAAUUGUUUAAGGACUAAGCCAUUUAAGAGUAAUGAGGCAAGGUUAGAAGGGACCAAUAUGGAGUUAUAUAUGAUCCAAUUGGAAGAGUACAAAAUUUCUCAAAAGAAGGCCAAGAGAAAUGGUUUGAAAUUUAGGUUGCUUGAUACAACUCAAGCUAUGUUAUUGAGACCAGAUGGUCAUCCAAGUAGGUAUGGACAUUUACCUCAAGAAAAUGUGACAUUGUAUAAUGAUUGUGUUCAUUGGUGUUUGCCAGGGCCUAUAGAUACAUGGAGUGAUUUCUUGCUAGAAAUGUUGAAGAUGGAGAGAGCAAAGUCUAAGAGAGAGAGGCGUCAAAUAGAUUGAUAUAAACUAUCAUUGCCAUAUUUUUUGGAUUUUGUAGAGAUGAAUUUUGUUGAUUGGUAAUAAAAUUGAAGAUUCUUAGUAUCAACUUGAUAUUGUUCUUCUUGGAGCCUAAAGAAAUUUCAACAAUUAGUAUCAUAGUCUAUGCCAA